UUAUAAAAUGGUUUUAAGAGGUGUGUAUUCAGUUGUUAUUCCGACGAGAUUUCUUACUUUAUUAGCUCACUUCUUUAUUCUUGUGUGUCUUCUUUGGGAUAAAGAAGAAAACUUACGCCUUUGUUUGCUCAAGUAUGACACGGAGUAUGCCGGCUACUUCCAUAAUGAGUAUGUAAUAAGCUUAGCGUUAAGCUUGACCUCAGUGGCAUUCGAAUUCUUUGGGUUUCUGUGUGGCAUUUCCAUGUUCUCCGAACUUCACAGCCUCCUAUCGAUUGUGUGCCACACAGUUGCUGCCUUCAUGUGGUCGAUUUCUUACAUUGAGCAAUGGGAUUGUUCUUCACCGUACAGCUGGUACCUUUUCAUUUUCUGUUCGGGCCUUCCGUUGACAUCAGAGUUGGCCGUUUUCAUCAGUUUCAUACGUCGUGUUAAUUUACGCUAA